AUGACGUUGAGGCACAUGAGCACCCCCUUUUCUGAGGACAUAAUGAACCCCCCGAAAGAACCUAAAGUCAAAACUCCUACCAUUAAAGACUAUGACGGUACCACCGACCCAGAUAUGCACCUAGUUGCAUACCGUCACCACAUGUAUGUUCAAGGAACUAAUGAAGCCACCUGUUACAAAUACUUUCCUGCUACCCUUAAAGGAGUGGCGUCCAAAUGGUUCAUGGCACACAAGGAAGAAAGGAAAACAGGCAUGCAUUUGGGACGCAUUCAACAAGGAAAAGAUGAGUCACUAAGAAUCUAUGUGAAGCGCUUCAAUCUAGAGGCUGGACAGAUCCCAUAUCUUCCCGACGACGUCUCCUUCGAUAAUUUUAUUAGGAGACUUAAGAAAGGAUCAUUAAAGUUUGAUUUGGUUAUGAAGAGCGUUCGGACUAUGGCUGAAGUAUUGGACGAGGCUGGAGCAUUUAUCCACGCAACAGAAAUAUGCAGCGCGUCCAAAGAUGGAAAGACUGGUGAGGCAACAGAUUCCUCAGGAAAGAAAGGCAAGACAGACCGAAAAGCCCCAAGAGUAAAUGGUACUUGGGCUCUUUCGAAAGAGCAGGAUACCAACUCUCCUGGACACAAGAGAGAACGUCCACAAGAAAGAGAAUAUUUCGAGUACAACACGGACCUCCUCACGAUACUGGUGGACGUCGGGAUUAGGUUUGAUCUUGAACGACCUUUCCCCAUGAAGUCUCCUGCUGAGAGUCAAGACCCUAAGUUGACACCUAAAGACUACCUACAAAGGAGUGCUCACGGCUCGGGGAAGAACCAGUACAAAAAGAAUAAGUCACCUGUCUCACCUACAGAGCGAAAUCACAUCGAAGGGGGACUUGUAGCCGUCAUAUCCGGGGGGCCAGCCGCUGGAGGACCCACCAUGAGGGGACAAAAAGACUAUGCCCGCCGCCUAGGUCAAGUAAUGUUGUCAGGGAAGUCACCUGUGGACCCAUUUCCUCGGAUAGAGAUAUGUGAAUCGGAUGGUGGACGAGUAGCCACUCCACAUGAUGACCCCCUCGUAGUCGAGAUCAAAAUCUCCAACAUGAGAGUGAAGUGUAUCCUGAUAGACACUGGAAGUUCAUCUGACAUAAUGAGCAUGGAGUGCCUCAGCCGCCUAGCCCACGAUCCCAAAACCAUAGAGAGCAUACACUAUCCCAUCAUUGGUUUUUGA